AUGACUAUUAAAAAGAAGAAAAAUUAUGGACGAUUGAUUAAACGUUUAAAAUAUAAGCUUCAUUUGAAAAAUAUUGUUCUUCAAAAAUCUGAUAAAAACAAAGUGUUCCAUCUUGGUGAACUUGACGAUUAUCGCAAAAAAUCAGAAGAAUAUAUGGAGAAAACAAAGGCCUACAAAUGCUUAGGUACUGAAGAUCCAUUACCUGAUUUGAUUCGUCGGACUAAUAAAUACUUAUUAGAUUUAAGAUUAGCCAAGUGGAUUACCCGAAAACAAUAUGAAAAACUUUGUAUUAAUCCAAAUGAAGUUGAACUUGCUCAUUUAUAUUAUCUACCUAAGGCACAUAAGCCUGGUACUCCUCUUCGUCCAAUUAUAUCUGAUCUCAAACAUCCUACAAUUAAAAUAUCAAAAUUUCUCGACGAAUUACUUCGACCUUUAUUUGAUAAGAUGGCUGCAAAAACAACUGUAAAUUCUGGCUUUGAAUUAGUCAAACAGUUGCAACAAUGGUCAAGUAUUAAUAUACGUCAAGAAACUUUAUUUUGCACAAUUGAUGUGACAGACCUUUAUACUAUGGUGCCACAAACAGAAGGAGUACUGUCAUUAAAGAAAAUGUUAGAUCACCUUAAAUUAAAACAGAUUGGUGGUCUUAAAAUUGAAACAAUAAUUAGAUUAAGUCGAUUUGUUAUGCAAAAUAAUUAUUUUUCUUACGAUGGCCAAUUUUAUCAUCAAAUUCGUGGAGGAGCAAUGGGUUCUCCACUUACACUUACUGUUGCUAAUUGUUAUAUGUUCUUUUAUGAACAACAAAUUAUAAAGCAAAUUAAUAAUAGCGGUGGAUUAUAUUUUAGAUAUAUUGAUGAUAUAUUUAUAGUAAUCAAUUGGCCUGCCCGACAUUUAUUUAAACAAAUUGAUAGAUGGAAUCAUUUUGAUGAAAAUAUUAAAUUAUCAGAGAAUAUUGGUUCAACAGCUGAUUUUCUUGAUUUACAUGGAAAACCAGGAUGGUUACUUAAUUACGACUGUUUAUCAGAAGCCAUCUUAUGA